UUUGACUCCAUUUAUUUUGAGUUCACUGUAUUUGAUUUGACGUUUAAAUACCACGAGAAUUGUUGAGGUUAUGUGUUAACUUUAAAUCUAAUACAACAAUUUUAUUGAAAAUAAAAGGUUUAUUGAGACAAAAUAGGCAAUAAUGAGUUCUUCAGACGAAAGUGAUUAUGGAGAAAGUAUGUUGGAGAUGAUGGAAAGUGAAGAUUUGGAGUUUUUAAAAAAUGCCGUUCAAAAUAAAUCUUACAGUGUUUUAAAUAAAGUAAAAUGCCUUAGGAAAAAAACUAAGAAAAACAAGAAAGAAUCUUUAGAUUUGGAAGAUAAAUAUGAGAUAGAAAAUGAUAAUGAUGAACCUAAAACUAAAAUUUUAUUACCAAUAAAAAGUAAGAAAGGGAUAAUAUUAAGAACUAUUGAGUGUUCAGAUGAAGAAGAGAGAGAUGAUACUGAUAAUCAAGAAAAUGGGGAUAAAGAGAAUAAAAGUGACGAUUUUAAUGAGGAUAUGGAUAAUUACGAGUUUGAAACUGAUGAAAUUUCAAAAGAAAUCAACAAUCCCAUUGAUGUUUUAGCAAAAUAUAAUGAAUCAUUAAGAAAUAAAAAGGUUCAUAUUGGUUAUAUGUGUUCUGGUUUAUUAGAAAAUCCUGAAGAUAAAAUAGGAAACUUUAGAGUUUUAUUUAAAAUGUUAGAGGAAGAAAGUAAUGAUGCUAAAUUGGCAAUUAAAAAGUUAAUAUUUGUGUCUUUAUUGGAGGUGUUCAAGGAUAUUUUACCUUCAUAUCAAAUUCAACAGCAAGAAAUCACGAAAGAUGUCAAAUUAAAGAAGGAUACUUUAAAGUUACACAAAAUGGAAACGACACUUUUGCAAUAUUACAAAAAAUAUUUGCAAUUAUUAGAGAAAUAUUCUAAGAUUUUAAUAGUUAAAGGAAAGAAUCAGAAAAAUGAGGAAGAUAUUAAAAUAGGCGAAGUUUGUAUCAAUGCUUUGUGUGAAUUAUUAAUUACACAUCCUUAUUUUAAUUAUUCCUCAAAUAUUGCUCAAACAACAAUUCCUUUUUUAAAUUGUAACAAUAUUAACGCAAGAGAAGCUGUUGGAAACGCUUAUAGAACCACUUUUAAACAAGAUAAAAAAGAUGAAUUAACUCUAAAGAUUGUAAGGGGAAUAAAUGCUUUCAUAAAAAAUAAAGCUCAUAAUAUCAGACCGGAUAUGUUAGAAGUUCUUUUACAUUUAAGAAUAAAAAAUGCGAAUUUGGAUCAAGAGAAAGAAAUUGAUAUGAAAGAAAAGAAAUUGUCUUCUCAUAAACAAAAUGUGCUAAGAUUAUCGAAAAAGGAACGAAAAAGAAAGAAACGUCUGCAAGAACUUGAAAAAGAAAUGUUGGAGGUAAAAGCACAAGAAAAUAAACAAAAUAAAACCAAAAAUAUUACAGAAAUUGUCAAAGUUGUUUUUGGAAUUUAUUUUAGAAUUUUAAAAUGUUCUGAAAAUAAUAAAAUUCUUGGAAUGUGUUUGGAAGGAUUAGCUAAAUUUUCUCAUUGUAUAAAUUUGGAAUAUUACAUGGAUUUAUUAAACAUCUUAGAUUCUCUUCUAAAAGAAGAUUGGUUGACUUACAGAGAUCGAUUAAAUUGCGUUCAAACCGUUUUCACGAUCCUUUCAAAUCAAGAUGAUAUCAUCAACAUCGAUCCAAGUCGGUUUUACAUUUCCCUUUAUAAAAGCAUUUUGAACGUACACGCAUCUAAAACGCACAAUGAUACUGAAAUACUUUUGAAAACUACAGCGGAGGCGAUCAUAAAACGAAGAAAACGCAUUACAAACAAACAAUUGAUUGGGUUUUUAAAAAGGCUUUGUACUCUUAGUUUACAGUUGUUGCAUAAUGGUACAUUGGGGUCGUUAGGAAUUGUUAAACAAGCGCUUCAGUUAAAUAGAUUUACUGAUGUUUUAUUGGAUGUUGACCAAACUGUUGGGGAUGGCGAUUAUCAACCAUUUUUAGAAGAUCCUGAGUAUUGUAAUGCUUCUAGUACAGCUCUUUAUGAAAUGACUUUGUUAAGGAAUCAUUAUCAUCCUAUUGUUGGGAAAUUUGCAAAACAUAUUUCAAGUGGUAGUCCAGCUACAGGUGAAGGAAGUUUACCACCAGAAUAUGGAAAAAUGAAUCAAGAACAUUUAUUUGAGAAUUUUGACAUGAAUGAAAUGGCGUUUAAUCCAAGUAUUCCUAUUCCAAAGAAGGGCACAUCAAAAUUAAAAAGGAAAAGAGAAAUGUUUGUUGAUGAAGAUUUUGAAGAUUAUUGUAGAAAAGUUGCUAAAAUGGCACGUGGGUGUAUAUUUUUAAAAUGAAAAUAAACAAAUUCUUUAAACAUAAA